UUGGAAAAUUUUAUGAUACAACAUUCAUAAAAGGAAAUAAUAUCGCGGAUUGAACAAUUUGUGUAGUGUAAUCUUAAAAAGUGUUUUUGUUUUGUUUGAAUUAUUUAAUGCUUUACUCUUCGAUUGUUUACAAAUAUCAUUGUGCUAAUAUAAACGUUGUGUGUUGAGAUAAUAAUGCUGUGGACGAAAUUGUGUCACUAUGACUUGAUUUUACAGUGACUCGUUUUACAAAUCAAAAUAUAUGUGGAUACUCGAACAAAAGCCUUUUUAUCGUCCCACUGCUGGGCGCAGGCUUCCUCUCACUCGGAGAAGGCCUGAGCAUUAAUCAGCACGCUUGCUCAAUGCGGUGGUCGAAAGUGCGAUGCUUGGAGUUCCGGGUUGGACAAACUCACAAACUUCUAAAUGCCCAAAAACAAUGCAUAUCUACAUCCUACUGUUAACAGUAGCAUUAGCAACAGCCGCUGAGAAUCAGUCAGAUCUCAUCGUGUGUGAUGGAGUCAUCUUCCACAACGUCUACUUCGAUAGGGAACUGCUGUUCAAGGAUCUUGGCAGGCCAUAUAAUCUGGUUAUGCAUAAAUUUUCAGGCAUCCUCUUCUUCAGUCACACGAUUCAGAAUGGUACCCAAGUGGACUUCGGCAUCAGGGCAUGUCACCUCGAGAAAAGGACCUGCAGAGAGAUUCUAGGCGUACCAGGGGGAUACGCCAUAGCUUACGACGCAGGCAAUGACGACAUAUACUUCGGCGGCCAUGAUGGCAUAUACAAAUACAACUUCCUAACAAAAUCCGCCGAAUUCUUCGCCGAAGAAGGAAAAUCAAUCUGGGGCCUGUUUGUCCGUCGAAACUUCUACUACAUUGAGUACCCCACGCAGAAACUUUAUGUCUACCAAGACGACAGUUUCGUUCAAGUAGCCGAAGCUAUUAAUAUAGAGGUUGACCAUUUCUUUGUGUCGAAACAUAUAGAUGUUUACUUCUCAAACAAGACGGCUUUAUAUAAAGUAGAGAGGCCGAACAACGAAGCUAUCGUACUCAAUGAUGAGAUAGUAAUCAGACAGAUUGUCGAAGACAGUUAUGGUGAUGUAUUCUUCUGUGCUGGUGAUGGAAUAUAUCUAGAAGACAAACCCUAUCAUAAAGUAAAGAAAGUUGCGGAAAUCGAACAAGCCUUUGGCAUGACUUUUGACGAUAAAGAUCAUAUAAUUUAUUCCGAUAAAGACAAGAUUUAUAGGUUGAUUCCAAGUAAAUAUAGUGGGUUGUGUUUAAAUGCUAUAAUCAAUUCUGAAGAUAAAGAUAGGGGCGAUAUAGUAAAGAAGAUGGUCAUUAGUUAAAUUAGGAUUUUAAUAGUACUGGUUCAAAUUGAAAAAAUCGAAGAAAAAGUGAACUAAUGGUUAUGAGUAAUGUUGGAAACGACUCUUUACUUUCUUUCAUAAUUUUCGCACAUACCAGUGUUGAUGAAAAGAGGUUGAGUUGAGCAAGUAUGAGAUAUAAUAUUUGUAUAGCUGUAAAAUACUGUAAAAUUUUGUAAAUAUCGUAGCAUAAGUGUAGUACUAAAACAAUGUAGAAUGUUUGCUUAAUUUAAAGAUAAUAAGAUCUUAGAAACUGUAAAAACAACUUGUGAAUAAAAUCAUUGUUUUGAGAA